AUGUCUCUCCUUCAUAACGAAGACUUUACAAUUUGGCAGCUACGCACUUCUUACCUCUCCACAAUCAAGGAUGGCAUUGGCGACAGACUCAUUAAUGUCAAUCAUUCUGUUCUCAAUACACCCGGAUUCCGCGCCGCAGGCUGGCCAGCAGCCUCCGCCAACCACCCAUCACAACUUGCUGCCAGUAUAAAACGGACAUAUUCUCCUCCUAUACCUACGGCCACAGCGGUCUCGUCCGAAUAUUACCAGUUAGGCGCUAGGGAUUUGAAUGAUUCGCAGAGAUCUGGAUUUGGACAAGACGGCGAGGAUGACGAAGGGGGCAUGGUGACGGGGAAAUCUACAAUAGAUGGGAUCGGGCGCCGGAAUCCUUUACGGAAUGAGAAGCGCGCACAUCGGAAAGAACGCCAGCAAAGGGAACAGCAGAAGGCAAGAGACGUCGAAGAAGAUGACAGCAGUGACCUGAGCGACGAAAGUGACGAUGAUGGGGAACCCCUGCAGAGGGCUAGCGAAGAGAUCAAGUUUCCAAAAGUGCCUGUUCGGAUCAGAGCAGGCUCGUCACCCAUCAGGGCAACUGAUCGGCAGGAAAGACCUCAGGUUAUGGUCACACAUCCUUCGCAUACAUCGAUGAAUAGCCAUUAUCGCACGGGCUCUCUUGGGACCGCCCCAAGCGUCAGUGAACGCCCACGGCGGGACACGACAACCACUACAACCAGUAGUGACAUGUCUUCGGAUCAUGAGAUUGAUAUGUCCGCGCCGGGAUACAGGAGGCGCCAGAUUCACUUCUCCGGUCAUGACCAAGUGAUAGAUCUAGGAAAAGCCAGCAGUGACGGACUCGAGCAGCUGGACGAACAGGAGGAAGACUCGGACGCGGGGUCAGUCGAAAGUGCUCUCUCAUCAGAAUUUGAUGCGACAGCUGGCUCUGCGUCACUUCUAGGAGCUGUUGGUAUAACUGGAGGUCUAAACUCGUCGUCACCGAUUGCGUUGAUGCACAAGCUGCCCCAUGGACCGAGCUCGCAGACAGCAUCGCCCCGGAAACCAAAACCACCGGCGCCAGAACUGCAGGAUUUACCACCUCCUCGACCGAUCAGUACGGUGCAACCUGUUAGUCUGCUCUCCACAGCACUCAAUGCUCGUGCCAAGGCACCAGCAAACCCCGUUGAAAGGUUCGCUGUACUCUCUGGUAAAGGUCUAACGGAUGCCUUGAAUAUUCGAUUAUAUGUACCAUUCUCCUCAGACCCUGAAGAGCCUCUCGACCUGCCGCUGGCUCGAGAAUCAAAGCUAGCGGAUCAGCCAGCACCUGUGACUGUAGCCGAGGCUAUUGGAUUGGCACUUUGGAGGUACUCUGAGGAGCGUCGGCAACCCCCCAUUGAGCGUGAUAAACUCAAUGUCAAUAGGUGGACGCUUCGAAUGGUGGAGGAUGGUGAAGUUGAAUACGAUUUCCCACCAUUGGGUCGAGCAUCAGCCAUAAGCGAUUUUACGUCAAACAACAAUAGCCGAGCAGGUGGCAUGCGCGGCAGAUCCAGAGGGAAACAGUAUGACGAAUUUGCCCUAGUUGAAGCUUCCGAUAUGGAGUUCGAGGAGAAUGAGCGUUUAUACCCGAUGUAUAACGUCUCUGCUCCCGCCGAAGAGGCAAGAGAUCCAGCGCCCGCAGCAGCCGCUGCUCCGGCAGGCCAGCCGGUACCGCAAACUAAAACUGCUCGCCCGAACCCAAUCCUUGGACAACCGUUCUCGUCAGCAUUAAAUGACAAUACCCUCACGCCUGCCGACCGCCCAGCGGUGCCUGUUUCGCAUGCUACACCUCGCCUGGGAGUUUCGAAGACACUGAAGAUCCGGUAUACCAACUUGGAGUCGUCAACGCAAACUACGACCCUUAAUACAUCGACAGAUAGCUACAUAGCAGAAAUCCUGGAUUCCGUAUGCAAGCGAUGGGGUCUGGAUAAAGGGAAUUACUUGCUUAAAGUGAUGGGCUCCAACACAAUCGCUCCGCUGGACCGCACCGUUGAGGCACUGGGCAACAUCACUGACUUAGACCUGGUCCGCCGACGCUUCGGCCCGCAGGUAUUGACAGGAUCGCCAGUGAGCUCUUCUCCGAAUGCUCCCCUCCUGGUCGACAGUCCCGCUGUGCCGACCAAGAAAGGAAAGAAAAGCGGACAGCGGAUGCUACAUCCUCUUACUCAACAACAGGAUCUUAUCGGAGGAUACUACCGGCGGUAUUUUGUGCUUCGCAAGCAGUCGAUGGGGUUCACUACUUCGCUGCAUCGCGUCCUGACGUUUGACAACGACUACAUGCACAUCAUGCCUGCAGAUACGGGUAAAAAUGGGUCCGACACCAAGACCCGGUCAAUCAGCUUCAACGACGUUGUGGGGUGUAAAGUAAGCCGACGGCAUCCGAAGAAUUUCCGCGUCGUGGUGCUGCGUGGGAACGAUGCGACGGAGCAGAAGCGGUAUGAUUUUGAGGCGCGCAAUUCGUUUGAAGCGGAGGAGAUCGUGGGCGAGAUCAAGAAGAACAUGGCGCAGUAUCGCACAACAUGA